UUUUAGCUUGAUGCUAAAGCUAACGGCAGAGUUCUAGGCAGCGCUAAGAAAAGCAGUUCUGACCGUCUUUUCAGACGUUAAAUUGUUGUCGAACUUCUGCUGGUGUGUUUCAUAGAGGUCGAAAUGAAUCCAGAGUUCAGCGUUCAAUCACGUCUGAGGGAGAAGAAACAGCGGAGUUCCUCUGAAAUCUCAAUUUAAAGAGUGGGCCGUUUGUUUUUAGUUUAAUCAUUUUUUAUACAAACAGUUCUGUUCGGUUGGCCUUCAGUUUUAAAGUGAGUUUAAACUGUGAAGUAAUGGCGUUCUUCGUGAAAAAGAAGAAAUUCAAGUUUCAAACCCAGCUGACCCUGGAGGAGCUGACCGCUGUGCCUUUUGUCAACGGGGUUCUGUUCUGCAAACUGCGGCUGCUGGACGGAGACUUUGUGGCUACUUCUUCCAGGGAGGAAGUUCAUGAGAACUGUGUCCGCUGGAGGAAGAGGUUCACCUUUGUGUCAAAAAUGAGCGCCAACCCCCACACCGGAGUCCUGGAUCCAUCCGUCUGCAGGGUGUCCGUCAGGAAGGAACUGAAAGGAGGAAAAGCGUACACGAAGCUGGGCUUCACAGACCUCAACAUGGCCGAGUUUGCCGGUUCUGGCUCUACGGUUCGCUGCUGUCUGCUGGAAGGAUACGACACCAAGAACACACGGCAGGACAACUCCAUACUGAAGGUGAUCAUCGGAAUGACUCUUCUUUCUGGAGAUCCCUGUUUCAAAACCCCUCCAAGUACAGCAAAGUCCAUCUCUGUCCCAGGACGGGAACACACCCUGCAGCUGGACUGUAAGGGGGAGGGAACAGCUGAGGGAAGCGGGCCAGCCGGAGGCGUCUCUCUGGGCCGGGCCUCCAAGCCUCGGCCCUCCAUCAUCAGUUCGGGUCUCCUUGACGACUCUGAGAUGUAUCAGAACCAGUCUGGUCCGGCAGAGGCUUUCCAGUCCGGCCAUUCGCGGAACUCCAGCUACGCCAGCCAGCAGAGCAAAAUCUCAGGCUACAGCACAGAGCACUCCUGCUCCUCCAGCCUGUCGGACCUCACGCAUCGCAGGAAUACCUCCACAGGAAGCAGCGCCUCUGGAGGACUGUGCUUCUCCACUGACACGCCACCAGAGAGCGACAAGGACGCCGGACGUCCAGAGAGACCUCCACGACCCCCUCGACCUGUGCUGCCCCCAAACCGACCCCUCAGGAGGAAGCAGGACUCGGUGGAGAGUCACCCCACCUGGGUAAACGACACCCGUAUUGAUGCCGACGACAUUGUGGAGAAAAUUGUCCAGAGCCAAAACUUUGCAGAUGUCAACAACACUGAAGACAGUAACCUGCGACUGUUCGUCAGCAGAGAUGGAACCACAGCGCUCAGCGCCAUCCGGCUGGGAAACAGGGUUUCUGCCGGCGGCUAUGAGCCGGUGGUGAUAGAGAGCCAUUAGACCAGCCGCCUGCUCACCUUCUGCCUCUGGUUUUACUGGAGCUUCAGCUGGUCUGACGCCAUGAGAGGGAAAAACCACGUCUGUUUGCACUUUAUGUCCAGUUCGUUUGCAGUGUCUGUCUGCACUGUCAUAGCUGCCUCUUUGUGAUGUUGAAGGGAAGAUGCUCCCUGCUUUGUGUGAAUGAAGAAGUUCAGAAGUGUCUGAUGCAUCAUUUUGUCUCCAGCUUUUUGACAGAACUGAGGUGAAACCUGUUCUGAAAGAAAAUAAAAAGGUUAAAAAAAAAAAGGUCAGGAGAGGAAGAUUUAAUUAGAUGUUCUACAUUUUGACAUUUAUAUUAGAUAAAACAUCCUCUCACCAUAUCAGCUCAUUUUGAUUACACGUUUCUCACUGUGUGCAGCUUUUUCUUUUCUGUUUUGUUUUGUUGUGUGUCACCCAUUCAUGAUGGACGUCAGAGCUCUGACUGCCUCUUCUUUCAGUGAGUCUGACUGUUCAGCUUCUGCACCAUUUCCUAUUCUUCUGGCGCUUUCUGCACACUUUGUUUUGUAAACCUCAUUGCCUUUUCUGCAACCUUAAAGAUAUCACUCUUAUUUUCCUAAUUUGAAUCAUUUCCAUUCGAGCUGAAAUGACCAGAGACUCCCUGUGGAUGACAUGUCUGUUAAUCUGUCUGAAUAGAAGCAAUAGAUCUAAAGGAAACCUUCAGAUAAUAGAUAACAGGCUUGAUUUAUCUGUUAAAAUGUCAAAUUCACUAUAAGCUUUUAAUUUUUAUUCCACUCUCUGAUCUGAAUCUGUACCUUUUUUCUUGUCAGGAUUUAUUUUUUUUUUUCAUAAAGAAGCAGAAUUUUCAGUUUGUCUAAAAGUCUGACUUUGCUGCCCAGACGGAUCAUUGUUUGUGACGUUUCUCUGAAAUCUGUGCUGCAUGUAAAUGGGUGCAGAAUCUGUAAUCCUGCUGGUUAGGGAUCCAAACACAAAACAGGAAUCGACAACAAUAGAAAGAUUUGAAGAGUUUAAACUCCUUGAUCAAACACUAAAAGUAAGAGAGGUUUAAUGAUGAACAUUGAUAUUUUCCUCCCUGUUGAUCGGGGCAAUCUGUGCCUUUAAGUUUCUCUCUAAUGAGCCGAAAGCACCAUGAAAACUGUGGUUGGAGUGCUUGUGUCGGUGAGGAGAGAUGUUAGUUUAGCUCCGUUUUUCCCACUCGCUGCGUGUUUGAACACUAAGCUGCUGCCUUGUUGCUUCAGUUCCAUGAAGGAUUAAUCGGAACAAAUCAGUUCUGCUCGGCUUAAAACGCACGAUGACCAUCAGUUCAACUGAACAAACUGUUCGGCUCUUUAUUGGAACCAGCUGCAGAAAACUUCACAUCUGGAAGAGGGUCUGUUGAGCUCUUUGUUGCCCCCUGGUGGAGCGACAUUGUUCCUGUGAUGUUUACUGGAGCUGGACUGCUAAUAAUGAACAAACUGGACUGAAACAGGAACAAAAAAUACCACAUCAGAAUCCAAAUUGAAAGGAAGUGAUCUUUUUCAGAACCAGCUGGCUGGUUUUGUUUUUUUGCUUUUCUUGCUAGAUUUCCAAGCAUGUUUUUAGUUAAUCUUUUAUCUGCUGAACUUGGGAGCAAAGAAUCGCCUUAUUUAGUUUGGAGUUAGUUUGAAUAAAAAUCCACUUUUGCUGAUUGUGGACAGAGAAAUAAAGGAUCUUUUGGUGAAGCGUCGUUUCAAACACCCAUCAGCCAAAUUCUUGGUUCAGAGAAUAUUUGUUAAAAAUGCCUGAAAUGCUUUUUAACCACUAAAGUCCUCCACCCUUUAGGUCUAGUUUCUAAAGGGGAGAUUUAUCUACAAUUCCUUAUUUGGAAUAUUUUAUUUUUUUCUAACUGCAGGAUAAAAACACUGCUUUGGUGUUAGAAUAAAGAUUUUUAUCUGAAAACAGUUUUAUUGCGUUAACGUCAGAAACGACGUCACAGGAAAAACUGUAUUUGAACCGUUUUUCUUUCCUGAAUGAUCCAGUUUUUCAUCCUCUUCAUCGUGGCUCAUUUUAAGCCGUUUAGUCUCUCCCGCAUCGUGUUGCGGCUCUAUGUCCUUUUUCUCAUGUUUGGGGUGAACCACUGACAAUUUAGUCCCAAUUUGGGUUUACAUCAUCACCUCAUUUUUAAUUUCUUUUAAAUCUUUAUUUAAAUAUUUUAGUUUCUCUUAUGGAGGUGGUUAUAAGCUAUGCACACACCUCACCUCCCUCAGCUUAUUUUUUUUUUUCUUUUCAGUGAUUCUAAGAAGGAUUUUAUUAUAACUAAGAUAGUUUGAGCUAUAUUCUAUAUAGAAAACAAAGUUGGAGAUAAACUUCCAGUCUCCACUUUUGUGUUUUUUCUUUUUUUUCUUUCUCUUUAGUAAACAUUUGUGCAGAAAUGACUUAUGAACAAUAAAAAUGUUAAUCAAU